AUGGAGAACGUGACUGACUUUCCCGGAGAGAACGAGAUCGAUGAAUCAGCAUCAAAUGUCACUGGUGGUGGUCUAGGAUUCGAUAUGGCAAUGUUUUUUCUCCAAAAUAGGCUAGCUGUUCCGGACGGCUAUGAAAUGUUUCUUUAUUCUUUAUAUUUUGUAUUGAUCAUAGGCGGUAACAUUUGGGUGAUUAUAGCUGUAAUACGCCAACCCAAACUCCGUAAAUCCGCCACCAAUCUCUUUAUCAUAUCUCUAUCCACUGCUGAUCUCUUAAUGGGUUUAUUUGAUAUCCCAUGGCGGUUUUUGUUCGAAUGGGCUGGUCGAUAUUUUGUUUACUUAAAUAAUAAUAUUUAUGUUUGUUGGACAUUUGCAUGGUUCCAGUGGAUAUCGCGUUGCGCAACGGUUAACUCGUUAGUCGGUAUUGCCAUUGACAGAUAUAGAGCAAUAGUGCAACCAAUGAAGCCAAGAAUUACCAGAAAACAGGGAGGGAUUAUCGUUGCGAUCAUCUGGAUAUUGGCAAUUGGAUACGGUCUUCGGAAGUCUAUCAUAAUCGAUAUGUACGAAUAUACUAUCCAGAUAACCAAUGUUACUCGUACGUUCUGCAUGGUACCAUUGCAUUAUCAUUACCUUAAACCUUAUUUUCAGGUUAUGGAUGCAAUUGUUAUGUACAUAUUGCCACUUAUAAUUAUAGUCGCUCUAUAUUCUGUUAUGAUAUCAAGUCUUUGGUUCUCUAAAGGCCCCUCCAAUGCGUCUAAUCGUAACAAGAAAAAAGCAGUCAAAAUGCUCACUCUUGUGGUGUUUCUCUUCGCACUGAGUUGGUUGCCCUAUUACAUCUACCAAUUGUAUUUCACAUUCUACCUAACUCCAUCACUGGAUUUAAUUUAUUACAUGGAGCUAUGGUGGCAUAUUUCGCAUAAUAUGUAUGUGUGUAACAGUUUUGUUAACCCGUUCCUUUACGCAUACUUCAAUGAGAACUUCCGUAAAGAGUUCUUCAAAAUGUUCCCAUGUCUUAAGGCAAUAAUGCAGAGAAAGGUGGCCCCGGUGACUUCGACUAAUUCGAUGAAAACAAAGUCUCAAUAUGGUAAUAGCACGGCCACUGCUGUCAGUACAGUGUCACAGGGAACUGUUUAA